GUCUGAAUCUUUUCCCCACUAUCGCUUUUCUCUAUCUUCUGAUACAUACAUAUCUCUCGGUCUCCGUUGAUUUCCUUGCUUGAUCCGACGGUCCAGAAUGAACGCUGCCUCUCCUCUCCGUUUGUCGAGGUUUUAGCUUCUCAAACCCUCCGAUCUGUUCGAUACGAGCUCGGAUCUGUCGUUCUGGUUGGUGAAUUGCGCUUGAGGCGUAGAGAUGGAGAGUGGAGAUUCAGUCGGUGUCGCCGCCAUGGUAAUUAAGCAGACUUUGGUAACGUGCGCCGUGGAAGCUUUAGCAUCCGCUCUUGUCACCACCCAGCUCCUCUCGCUUAUGCAGGAUUACAUAAAUCUAUUCAUGGACAAACCUAAAAUUAGGGGAGACUAUUCCUCAUCUUGCCCCUGCGAGCCUACGGAUGCUGAUGGAGAUGAUGAGAAUGAUGAUGAUGACGAUGAGGAUGGAGAUGACGACGAUGAUGAUGAUGCAUAUGACGAUGAAAGAAAUGGUGCUAAUAACCCUAACAACAAAGGCACCUCUAAGAAUGGCCCGGGAGGGGGUACGGGUGGUGCACAAGAGAAUGACGAUGAUGAAGAUGAUGAAGGUGAAGAAAAUCCAGACGACCAAGAUGAGGAGGAAGAUCCCGAGGAUGAUGACGACGACGACGAUGACGAGGAAGGCGGAGGCGAGGAAGAAGACCCCGAGGAAGACGAGGACGACGAAGAGGAAGAAGAGGAGGACGAGGAGGAAGAAGAAGUCCAACCACCGAAGAAGAGAAAGAAGUGAAUUAGAUUUACAGCAUGAAAAAACAACCUUUGAUCUAUGGCACUUGUUGUUCUAGCACUAUCCUAGUACAAAACAGGAACAUCCUCAAUUAGGUUAACGCAUCUGUAUUUCCUAUUCCGUUUGCAUUGUAUAACAGCUACCUUGUGCUGCGGCAAUACUUGUUGACUUGCAAAAAUUGUCUGCUGCGGCUUUGCCUGAGAAAUUCCAUAUUUAGGAGACAUCAUAACUGCCCUUACCAAAUCAAUAGUCUUAUAGUCUUUAUAUCAACAAAAUUGUCA